AUGGGACAGGAGAGACAGUGGCUUCAGGCUGUCAUCACCGCUGUAGCCAUAUGUCUGCUUAGUGUGUCUCAAGGUGUGGCCACCCUGGUCCAAGCUCGUGAAGGGGGAUCUGCAAAGCUAGACUGUAACCUCAAUCCUAUACCCAAUGGAGAAACCACCCCAAACCUCUUCCCUCUGCAUGUGGUGGAAUGGGUGCGACUUGGUUACAACGUUCCCAUUCUGAUUAAAUUUGGAGUGUACGCCCCGCGAGUUCAUCCAAACUACAAGGGCCGUGUGUCUUUGACCCAGGGUGCCUCUCUGCUGGUGGCGGGACUGACCCUGGAGGACGAGGGAUGGUUCGAAUGCCGAAUCCUGCUCUUGGACAGCAAAACCGAUAACUUUCAAAAUGGCACAUGGACCUUUCUCUCCAUCACAGCUCCACCUGUAUUUAUCAAGACUCCACCAACUUUUGUGGAAGUUCUCCUUGGAGACUCACUGACUCUCAGCUGUGGAGCUCAUGGCAACCCUCGCCCAACUGUUGUCUGGCAUAAAGACGAGAGCCCCGUGGAGAAACAUGAGAAAAUCAAAGUGCUCAAUGGGUCUUUGUCUCUGGCUUCGGUCACAAGAAAUAUUUCAGGGGUCUACAAAUGUCACGUGUCAAACUCAGAGGGAAAUCUUACCCACUCCACACAGCUGCAGGUCAAAGGCCCGCCAAUCAUCCUAAUUUCCCCAGACGACACCACUCUGAAUAUGUCCCAGGAUGCAGUGCUGCAGUGCCAAGCUGAUGCCUACCCUUCUAACCUCACCUAUGAGUGGAUGAAACAAGGACAAAAUGUCUAUCAUAUUGAGUCGCUUAAGUCCAGGGUAAAGGUUCUGGUGGAUGGGACACUUCUCAUACCAAAUUUGAUUCCAGAGGAUGCUGGUAACUAUACUUGCAUCCCCACAAAUGGGAUACUAACUCCACCUUCGGCCUCUGCACAUCUAAAAGUAAAACAUCCAGCAAGGGUAACACGAAUGCCCAGGGAGACAUAUUUGCCCUCUGGCAUGGAGGGUGUCAUUGUCUGUCCUGUUCAGGCAGAUCCUCCUGUGCUGUAUGUAAACUGGACAAAAGAUGGAAAUCAUUUGAAUCUUGACAAUUUCCCAGGUUGGAUGGUAAAUUCAGAGGGCUCUGUUUUUAUUGCCCGAGCCAAUGAUAAUGCGGUGGGCAUGUACACAUGUACACCCUAUAAUAUUUACGGUACAAUGGGCCAAUCUGAACCAACCAAUGUUAUUUUAAAAGACCCUCCAACCUUCAAAGUCCCUCCCCGCACUGAAUACUUGCAGGAGGUGGGCAGAGAGUUAAUAAUCCCGUGUGAAGCCUUUGGAGACCCCUCCCCAAACAUUAGCUGGAGCAAGAUUGGCCCAACUCCACGAUCUCCCUUUACUGUGCUGGCUAAUGGCUCCCUUUGGCUGAAGCCCCUCAGUAAAGACCACCAGGGGGGCUGGGAGUGCCUGGCCUCUAAUCGAGUCGCCACUGUUAGCGCCAGCACUGUGGUCAUGGUGCUUGGCACCAGCCCCCAUACUGUAUCUUCAGUUACUGUAAAAGCAGAGAUGAAUCAAGCUAAUGUCUCCUGGGUGCCAGGUUUUGAUGGAGGAUUCACCCAGAAGUUUACUGUAUGGGUCAAGAGGGCAUCCAGAGGAAAGCAUGAAUGGGCAUCAUUGCCUGUCCCUACAUCUAAAAAGUACUUGUUAGUCACUGGGCUGCUCGCGGGUACACAUUACCAGUUCAGUGUCCUUCCUCAGAACAAGCUUGGAUCUGGACCGUUCAGUGAAAUAGUUUCUAUCCAAACUAUUGCUUUUCCAACAGAAGCACCUUCUCUCUCCCCUUUUCUGCCCUUGGACCCCCCCAUGAUGUUGUCGGUCAAUCAGACUUCUGAAGGUGUGGUGCUGAGUUGGUCUGCUCCGGAGGCUCCCUCGUCCCCCCUCACUGGCUUUGUGCUACAGGCUCGCAAAGACCAGGGCCAGUGGCUCAUCAUCAGCAACACCAUUGGAGCCAAUCAAAGUCAACUCCUUGUGAAGGGCCUCUUAAGAGAUUCUGAUUAUGAUCUCAGACUUCUUUCUCGCAGUAAUAGGCUACUUAGUGUCCCCAGUGAUUCUGUCAAUGUCUCUACAAUAGGGAUGGAUAUGUAUCCUUUGCGGCCGAGUUUUCUGGAAAAGGUGCCGGAGUCUCUUUUAGCAGGUGUGAUUGCUGGAGUGUGCUUCCUGUUUGUGGCAAUAGUUCUGUCUCUGGUAACUGCCUGUUAUAUGAGUCAAAGGAGACGGCAACGUCGACAAAAGAGAAGAGGAGAUUUGUCCAAUGCCUUACUGAAGAGCACAGCGCCACAAGCACCAUCACCUCCUCGGAGCCCAGACAGCGUUCUCAAGUUGAAGCUGUGUCCACCAUUGUCUUUCUUUCCCAGUGUUUCCACUUCACAAUCCAAUCGUUUAUCUUUUGAAAAAGGCAGUCGUGGAGAGUACUAUGACCAGCGGAAACAACUUCUGUCCGACUCAUCUCCACCUCCACACUACACAAUGUUUGAGAGCCACCUGGGGUCCCAAGCCCCAUCUCCAACUGCACUGGAGUCCAUCUCCAGAGGGGCAGAUGGACGCUUUAUUAUGAUGAGCAAAGCUCUGAAGCUCUUCUUGAAAGAGCAAGUUUCUACUCUGACAACAGUGAGAAAAAACCUAGUGACUCACUACGGAGACACCGAAUACUGGGCCAUACGGAGGAAAUGUUUCCCAGUUUGGGUCGAAGAGUCAAACAUCUCGAGAGGGGGAGGCUAA